UCGUUCUGUAGGUCAAACGGUGUCGUUUGGAGAAGUCAUAUUGAGUCGGUGAAGGGAGGAGCUGCUGGAGGAGUUUCUUCACUAAACUACUUCACUUCAGACCGACAGCUUCACUGGCUUUAUGAACAAUUCAAGGUUUACUAUCACAGUUCUGUUGUGAAGCUGCCGUGCAAACUGCUGAAGAAAUGAUCAUUUACAUUUAUUUGUUUUCAUGGAGUCUGGCUGGUGUGUUUGGAGUUGAUGAAGUGAAGUCCGUGUCAGUGACGGAGGGAGAAUCAGUGCGUCUAAACUCUUAUCUUACUGAAAUACAGAGACACGAUGAGAUGACGUGGAGAUUUAACAAUAUUAUGAUAGCUAAACUCAAUGUGAAGGACAGUAAGAGCAGGUUUUAUAAUGAUAGUGCUGAAGGGAGAUUCAGAGACAGACUGAAGCUGGAUCAGACUGGAUCUCUGAUCAUCACAAACACCAGAAUCACAGACUCUGGAGAAUAUAAAGUCACCAGCAAAAGAUCAGACACCCCACUCAACAUCUUCAGUUUUACUGUCUACGCUCAUCUGCCUGUUCCUGUCAUCACCAGAGACUCUUCUCAAAAUUCAUCAUCAUCAUCCUCCUCAUCCUCCUCAUGUUCAUUCCUGUGUUCAGUGUUGAAUGUGAGUGAUGUGACUCUCUCCUGGUACAAAGGAAACAGUUUAUUGUCCAGCAUCAGUGUGUCUGAUCUCAGCAGAAGUCUUUCUUUACAUCUGGAGUGUCUGGAUGAUUUCUACAGCUGUGUGGUGAACAAUCCCAUCAGAAACCAGACCACACAUCUCUGCACUGAACUCUGUCAGACAUGUUCAGAUCCUCCAGACUCUGUAUCUCCGAUAGUGUGGAUCUCUGCUGCUGCUGGUUUUCUGUUGAUUGUAGCUGCAGUCGGGAUUUUCUGCAUCUGCAGGAAACACUGAAAAACAGACCAAGAAGUUCAGACCCAUGACAGUGAGAUCACUUACGCUGAAUAUACUGCACUUUCUUCACAUAGUAAUGUACAUUUAACAGUAAAACAAAUGUUUGAGCUUUAGGAUGAAGUAAAGUUGAUUAAAUCUUGAUGCAUGUUUGUAUUUUUCAGUUGUUGUUUGUUGUUGAUGAAGAGUUGUCAAAGAUACAACAAGAAUUUCCAAAAGAACAAUAAACUAAAUUAAACUCCUUA